UUGUUUGGUGCGCGUUUGUUGGAUCUCUGGCUAAUGCCUGUUAGCUUGUGGCUUCGUUCGUUCGAGUUUUGUUGACAAACUGGCCCGGUCGCUCGUCCGAGGCUAGCUGCGCGGUUGUGGCUUUAGCCUCCCGGGAGAGGCUUGGGACUCCGCUCGGAGUGUUUUCGUAAACUCCCUAAGGAAUUCCUAAAAAAUAAAAAAAAACAGGUUUUCAACGACCCAACAUCCCUCUGUGAAUGACGCAAAGUUGUCAUCGAACUGAACUUUUCCAUUGCGUCCAACGAGAAAGUGGACCAGUAUAAUCUUGCGUCACAUCCAGAGUCCAUCCAGAGUUUACCCAGAGGCACACCCCAAAGCUUCAGCCUAUGUUUCCAUGUAUAUUUACUCCCAGGACACGGAUUACACACUGUGCUGCUGCGAAACUCCUCUGCAAUAUCAGGGCAAUCCUGUCCUCUUGUCAUGUGGCUGCUUUACAGAAAAAGGCCUAAAUUAGCCUCACUGUCAUUGCUUUGUACUACAUCGCCAUGGACCGGAAUAAACGCAACUCCAUCGCUGGUUUCCCUUCACGGUCGGAACUCCUCAGUGAGGACAGCGAUGGUGUUGGAGGAGUAGGAACUGGGGAGAUGGGCCCACCAUCUCAGCUGGGGGGCAGGGUAUGUCCUUCCUCAUACAGAGCCCUCAUCAGUGCCUUUACCUGUCUAACACGCCUUGAUGACUUCACUUGUGAAUGGAUUGGCUCAGGAUUCUUCUCUGACGUCUUCAAGGUACGACAUCGAGCGUCAGACCAGGUGAUGGCCUUGAAGAUGAACAAGCUCAGCAGCAACAGAGCGAACAUGCUCAGAGAGGUCCAACUGAUGAACCGCCUCUGCCAUCCCAACAUACUCAGGUUUAAGGGAGUGUGUGUCCAUGAAGGUCAACUUCACGCUUUGACAGAGUACAUUAAUGGCGGAAACCUGGAGCAGCUUCUGGAGAGCAACAAUCAUCUGAGCUGGCUCUCCAGGGUGAAGCUGGCCUGCGAUAUUGCCAGCGGUGUGGCUUACUUGCACUCCAAGGGCAUUUUCCACCGAGACCUCACCUCAAAGAACUGCUUGAUCAAAUGUGAUGACAAUGGCUACACUGCAGUGGUGGGAGACUUUGGCCUCGCAGAGAAGAUCCCUACAAAUCAGACUGAAGUGGAGAAGCUUUCAGUGGUUGGCUCGCCGUUCUGGAUGGCUCCAGAGGUCCUCAGAGAUGAACCCUAUAACGAGAAGGCUGACGUCUUCUCCUAUGGAAUCGUCAUGUGUGAAAUCAUCGCCAGGGUCCAGGCCGACCCCGACUUCCUUCCUCGCACUGAGAACUUCGGCCUGGACUAUCACACGUUCCAGCACAUGGUUGGAGACUGCCCGUCGGACUUCCUCCAGCUGGCCUUUAACUGCUGCAACAUGGAUCCUAAACUGCGUCCGUCUUUUCAAGACAUCGUCAGACACCUGGAGGAGGUUCUGGUCCAGCUGAAGGUGGAAGACAUGCAGCAUGCGUGUGUCGCUUUGAGCGGGGAGGCUGACAAGAAGAUGAUUCCCAAAGGUGAGAAGAUCCAGGGGUUCAAGCGUCAGAAUCCUCUUGGUUUCCAAAAUGACAAAAUCCCCCCCAAAUCCCCCCGCCCCAGGCGAAACAUCUGGCUCAGCCGCAGCCAAUCGGACAUCUUCUCCUGCAAGCCUGGAAGGAAAGUCAACGUCCAGGACCCCUACUACAACCCCCCCAGCUCCCAGAGAUCCCCCAGAGCUUGCAAGGUCAACCCUUUCACUGCCCGCGAGGACUUAUGCGGCGGGAAAAUUAAGUUUUUUGACGUCCCCAGCAAGUCCGUCUUCUCUCUGGUGUUUGACCUUCACUCGCCUCCUGGCAGCGCGUUCAGCAACCAUCCCAGCUCUCACGGAGCCGGAGGAACCCAGCAGCAGACAUCCUACUACUGGCAGCAGCUGCCGGGAAGGCAGUGCCACUCCUUACCGGUGUCCCCGCAGCUGCCACGCUCAGAGAUGGUGCACCUGGCGGCGGCCAUGGCCACCAACAAUAACGGCUCUGUGACAUGCAACGCCGGCCAGCUGUCCGCCACUCUGCCAGCCUCUAAUUCCAGAUCCGAGACCAGCUUGAUAUCAAACGACGUCCGACAGAGGGCGUUGCUGAGCGGCUGGGCCAGGAAGUUCUUUGUGGUCGACAUCCCACCUUACUGCAGGCAGAGAGGAGGGGAUGAUGACGGAGACGACGAGAAGAAGGAGGGGAACAAGGAGGACGUGAGCGGGGAGAGCUGGUCUCCCAUAAUCACCAGCAGUGAGACGGACAGCGGGGAGGCCAUGGACUGCUCCAGCAGCCGCGAGGAAGAGGAGGAGCACCAGCGGCGAACGGAGGCAUGUCCAAUGUGACUCAGAGGAGAACCACAGGGACAGGACAGGAGAAGAGCGACUCCUGCAUGUGAGAGUGAAAGAUCGGGAAAAAUGAAAACUAAUGUUCAUUUUCCGUCAUUCAAGUGAAUGUAUCACAAGUUAAAUGAAUGAACCACUUAACUUAGGUAAGCCUUUUCCGAGCCGUCGCCCUGCUGGCAUGGUCCUGAAGGAGCACACGACCCCGUCAUCCACAAAUCUGCAUAAAGAUUAUUUUUCUGAAGAGGUUGUUUAUAUUUAAUGCCGACAGAUGUAGAUUUUUAAAACGGUCCUUCACUCUCGUCACGUCUAUAAGAAGGAAUAUUGAAGAUUCCUUUAUUUGUGUAAGAAUUCAAAUGUAUAUUUUGAUAUUUUCUGUGUUCACUGUGAGAUGAAACAUCUUCACACAUCAAAUCCCAAACAGUACCUUUUCUGUUCCAGGAAAAAAAAAAAAAAAUCAAAUUUUCCCGCUAAACUCCACAAGGAAGAAGAGCCAAAGUCUCCACUGAAGGCAAAGGCAGCUCAGUUCAGGAAAAAAAACACACGACAUGUUCAUCACCCGAGCAAUAACCCUCUGCAGAACUGGGUCAUGUGGUUUUCUGUUUUGGUUAUUUUUUGGUUAAAAAAACCCAUUCUGCUUGGUGGAGUCGUUGUGCCAUCAGUGGCAUAAAUCAAGAAAAAACUAGUAAAAAGAAGCUGUGUCUGUUCUAAUGUUUAACUAUGUCACAAUAAGACUGCAUGAAGUCGUUCUGAAACUGGAAAUGAUCUGGUCAGAGAUGACUAGUGGAGUUUGACAGUCGGUGUAGCUUUUAAGGGUUAAAUGAAGACCAGUACAAUGUUCAUUUCACAGGAAGCUGUAACUGAAAAAAGAACGGUGCCGCUUUGCACUAAAACAGUAUUGUAAACCAAAGGGAUUCAUGCUGAGUUUGAUCAUCUGUUGGUCACUAAUCCCUCUGGACUGUUGUUUUUUAUGCUUAAAAAAACUCCAGCUCAUCUCUGGACAUUCAUGAAAUCUCUUUUUAAUGAAAAUUGAGGCUGAAAAAAUAGAUGAAGGGACUCAAAACAUUUCCUGAAAAUAAUAAAAAUGGCAGAAUUUGGUGGCAAACUUUCUAAACCUGAAACGUAGCAACUCUGUUCAAAACAAUUUGGAAUAAUCUAAUUCAAACUUGAGGAACAGCCUAGAAAACAGUUUUCUGUGAAGCGCCUGCAUUAGUGGGAGCUUCUUCAUGACCAACUGGACUCCUGAAAGAUCAGAAAGAUGUUCCCAUCAUUCAUAAAUAUUAAAAACAUUUUGCCAUCAACACGCUCACUGACUUUAUGUUGAGUUUCUCUGCUGCGUUUCCUGUUCUGUGGCUUCUGUAAGCUCUCACUCUGUUCAGUAGGAACUCAAACACACCUGUCCAGGUGUCACCAGGGAACUCUGUCACUACCUUUCUAUGCAACUUUUAAUUAUCUCACGGUUUGAUGGGAUAAACAGUUGAUAUUUAUAAAAAAAACCAUGUAAUGUCUUACCCUUUUGUAUAUUUGUGUCAAAUGCUUGUGUUUUCUGCUUUGUUGAUAAAGAUUGAGAUGUUUUUUCCUGACCAAAUAACAAAACUUCCUUGA